CACCAUUCUUUUUCCUGUCAAGCUAUUCCUACCAGACAUUAUCACCAUGGAUAACCUCCCGCAGCACGUCAUCGACACCAUCGUCUCGUACACUAUCGGACGGGACAAGUUGAGACCUGAGCUCCGGACCGACACCAGCCCGCUUACUGUGCCGCAUACUCUGUACCCGCUGAUGGGAAUUUGCCGUGAAUGGCGACGUGUCGCCAGUAGUUUCAUCGGCGAAUCGGCCAUCAUCUUUACCAACUCGCAAGACACCGACAACCAGAACUAUCCUGAGGAUACACCGUCGCUUGGACAUAUCAUUGCAGCCGGGCUCGAACACCAUGUCCGCCAUUUGCAGCUUGAGUCCACUAUCAAGGACAUCGCAGAUGGCAUGGCGUACUCGACGAUCGACUCACUGCUCAGCCUGUGCAAGGGCAAGCUCAAGGGUGUUCAGACAGUAUCUCUCCAUGUUUCAAUUGCCUAUGAGCCCGGACAGCAGCACUUUUUUAUGAUGGGACAGCCCAUGGCUGACCAACAGGAGCAAACGAACAUGGAGAAAGAGGUCACUCAAAAUUCUAGGCGUAUUGGCGAGCUGCUGAAGGAAGCAAUGCCAAACAUCAUUUCGGUGGUGUAUUCUUAUGUGUGCCACUCUAGAUUCAACAACCAGCCUCUGGACAACGCUAUUCUGUCAGCGUUGCUGAGUGCUGCGCCAUCAGCCCAGUAUCUGAGCGUUCUUGGAGGCGAACUGUCGUAUACCACUUUGGGAAGUGAGCUAGCACCCAAUGUCAAGCACAUGCACGUUAGCCUGAGGAAUAGCGGUAGCAACAGAAUUCCUGAGCUAGUUAUUCGCUUCGCAGACCGUCUAGAGACACUGACUGUAGAUAUUCAAGACGGUGAACAGUUUAGUAAACUGUUCAAGGGUCCAGUGGAUGGAUCGCCUGUGGUGUACUCAAAGCUACGUAUGCUCAAAGUAUCAGGUGAAUGCUACUGGAGACAGGAGGAAAACAGCUACACUCUCCAGAUCAACCCCUUCCCGGAGCUGCGGCGGCUCAUAUGCAGGGAUGUAUAUCCAUUCAGAACCAGCCAUGUGCUUCGUUGGAUCCAGCCCACUGUUGAGGUGAUGGAGGUUAAUUUCAGGAACUACGGCUAUAACCAGUUUGUUGAGGAUGGUGUGCUCGAUGCUGACUCGUUCCCGAAUCUGCGCCGUGUCAAUCUGUCAUGGCACAUUGGUCGUGACCGCAUUUCAAUUGCCGAUACAGCAGGCCAGCUCCCGCGUGUAUUAUCACUUAGUCCUGUUCUCAAGGAGGUGAUAUUUGAUACACGGGUCUCUAGUCCUACCAGCGCAGUGGUUCCACUGUACAGGUGUAGGGAUUUGAGAGAGCUAAACCUAGCCGGUGUCCAGUUCACCAUUGCCGAUGCAAUCGGGCUGAUCAACAUAUUCCCAAACCUACAGUCAGUGGUGCUGUCACUGAAGACCAGCCAUGACGUGAACGAGCGAGGUGAUGUCUCCGACGCCGAAGUCAAAGAGUUCCUGGAAAAGCAUGACCGUGUAGCGAAUUCACAGCUCAGGACGCUGGAAAUUAGCACAGUUGUCUUCACUACAAGGCCACGCGCUGCACAGCACAUACUGCUACUGGCUAGCAUUUUCAAGUCUAUCCAGGGCAUAAAAAUCCGCAGUUUCAACGAGAGGCGCGAUGCAGACAUCCUUGGGGCAUUGGAUGAGGCUAAGCAGCGCAAAUGCUUUGAUAACGAUGGAGAGGGUCGACUUCAAUGCAUGAAGGUUUCACUGGUUGAAAAGUAG